UUGUAUCACCUAUCUGCAGCAAGUGAGUCAAAGGAGGCAGGUGAAGCCAGGUUCAGUAAAUAAAUCCAUCAGCAUUGCCUCACUUCCCUUACGAGCCCAGUAUAAAGGCUAACGUAUCCUACAGCUCUUCAUUCUUCUACCACCAAGCCUUGCACACAUCCAGCUGUGUUGAAGGGCCGCUGCUCAGAGAUGUGUUCCCGACAGAGCUCCGGAGGCUGCCACGAGUCAUCUUCCCAGUCCGGGGGAUGCUGCAGUGGGGGCAGCUCCUCCAGCUACCAGGCACAGGGCUCCUCCUGCUGCGGGGGCUCCUCGGGAUACAGCAUGGGAGGAGGAUACAGCGGUGGCAGUGGGGGAUCGAGCCAGAAGAUCAUCAUUAGCUCAGGAGGAGGAGGAGGAGGUUCGUCUGGAUGCUGUGGUGGAGGAUCCAGCAGUGGUGGGUCUUCAGGAGGCAAGAUAAUCAUUGGAGGAGGUGGAAGUAGUGGGGGAUCCUCUGGGUGCUGCAGUGGAGUCUCUUCGGGCUACGGAAUAGGAGGAGGAUACAGCAGUGGUGGUUACUCGGGAUCCAAGAGCAUCAUUGGAGGAGGUGGAAGCAGUGGUGGAUCCUCUGGAUGCUGUGGUGGGGGAUCCAGCAGUGGUGGGUCUUCAGGUGGCAAGAUCAUAAUUACAGGAGGUGGAAGCAGUGGAGGAUCCUCAGGAUGCUGUAGUGGGGGAUCCAGCUACGGGGGUGGAUAUAGCAGUGGAUCAUCAGGAUCGAAGAGCAUCAUUGGAGGUGGAAGCAGUGGAGGUUCCUCUGGAUGCUGCAGUGGUGGCUCUUCUGGCUAUGGCACUUCAGGCUAUGGCUCUUCCAGGUAUGGCAGUGGGGGAUCAGGCCAGAAGAUCAUCAUUAGCUCUGGAGGAGGAGGAGGAGGUGGCUCAUCUGGAUGCUGUGGUGGGGGAUCCAGCAGUGGUGGCUCUUCAGGAGGAAAGAUCAUAAUUACAGGAGGUGGAAGCAGUGGGGGAUCCUCUGGGUGCUGCAGUGGAGGCUCCUCGGGCUACGGAAUAGGAGGAGGAUACAGCAGUGGUGGUUACUCGGGAUCCAAGAGCAUCAUUGGAGGAGGUGGAAGCAGUGGUGGAUCCUCUGGUUGCUGUGGUGGAGGAUCCAGCAGUGGUGGGUCUUCAGGAGGAAAGAUCAUAAUUACUGGAGGUGGGAGCAGUGGUGGAUCCUCUGGGUGCUGCAGUGGAGGCUCCUCAAGCUACGGCAUUGGAGGAGGAUACAGCAGUGGUGGUUACUCAGGCUCCAAGAGCAUCAUUGGAGGAGGUGGAAGCAGUGGUGGAUCCUCAGGAUUCUGUGGUGGGGGAUCCAGCAGUGGUGGCUCUUCAGAAGGAAAGAUCAUCAUUACUGGAGGUGGGAGCAGUGGGGGAUCCUCUGGGUGCUGCAGUGGAGGCUCCUCGGGCUACGGCAUGGGAGGAGGAUACAGCAGUGGUGGUUACUCAGGCUCCAAGAGCAUCAUUGGAGGUGGGAGCAGUGGUGGAUCCUCUGGUUGCUGUGGUGGGGGAUCCAGCAGUGGUGGCUCUUCAGAAGGAAAGAUCAUCAUUACUGGAGGUGGGAGCAGUGGAGGAUCCUCUGGAUGCUGUAGUGGGGGAUCCAGCUAUGGAAUGGGUGGAGGAUCCAGUGGUGGUUAUUCAGGAUCCAAGAGCAUCAUUGGAGGUGGAAGCAGUGGAGGUUCCUCUGGAUGCUGCGGUGGUGGCUCUUCUGGCUAUGGCUCUUCUGGCUAUGGCUCUUCAGGCUAUGGCAGUGGGGGAUCAGGCCAGAAGAUCAUCAUUAGCUCUGGAGGUGGAGGAGGUGGCUCAUCUGGAUGCUGUGGUGGGGGAUCCAGCAGUGGUGGAUCUUCCGGAGGCAAGAUCAUCGUUGGAGGAGGUGGAAGCAGUGGGGGAUCCUCUGGAUGCUGCGGUGGGGGAUCCAGUGGGGGCAGUGGCGGUUCCUCGGGCCACACCAUCAUCAUCAGCUCCGGAGGAGGCAGUGGUGGGUACGGCCAGUCCUCGCAGCAGAAAUGCCCCAUUGUCAUUCCUCACAUCGAGAGCCACCAGACCAAGCAGGCCUGCUACUUUCCUGGCCAGCAGAAGUGA